CGUAAGGAGUUUAUUCAGUUGACAACUUGUACCCGUUCGGCACAUAAGAAUAUUCGAGAACAAUCAAAAACAUUAUUUAACAAAGUUCAAAUUUUUCGUACAAGAUGUCGGAAAAAUCGAAAAUAACGGCUGUGAAUGUCUACAGCACAAACGUGACCUCCGAUAAUCCUUCGCGUAUGGAAAUGUUAUCCUGGGUGAACCACACUCUGAAGACGCAGUUUUCCAAGGUCGAGGAAUUGUGCACCGGAGCGGCUUACUGCCAGUUAAUGGACAUGCUGUUUGCCCAUUCGAUACCGAUGCAGCGAGUCAAGUUUCGCACCAACCUAGAGCAUGAGUACAUCCAAAAUUUUAAACUUCUACAGGCGUGUUUCGAUAAGGUCUUUGUGGAUAAGAUCAUACCCCUGGACAGGCUGGUCAAGGGUCGAUUCCAAGAUAACUUGGAGUUCCUGCAGUGGUUUCGCAAGUUCUUCGAUGCCAACUAUGAGGGUCGACUCUAUGAUCCCGUGACCGCUCGGAAAGGAGCAGUGAUGGGCCUUGGCUCACCUCCCAUGGAGGCUAGGUUUCAUAGAUCUGCGUCCAGGUCCAAUCGCCAAACAACUCAAACCCCCCAAGAACAGCCUGCUAAAUCUGAAAAUAACAGUGCAACUACAGAGCGGGAAAAUCAAGCUGCUAAGGAGUUGCAGGAUUAUUGCGAAUUUUUGCCGAUAACGACAAGGGAAAGGGAUUUUUACUUAUCGAAACUGAGAGAUAUUGAACGUCUUUGCCAGAAAUACAAUAGUGGCAAGGAUAGGGAACUAUCAGAGAAGAUUACUAAGAUUAUUUACGCCGACUAAGAGUUCAAAUGAAGUACCAAAUACGCCUAGUUCAAACCGUUCAGGAGCCAAAUUCAAAGAGUUAUAGCAGCUAGUUUCAAAAUCAACCGAUAAAUUGUCAAUAAAUUUUUAAUACGCACUUUUUUCAAAUUGUAA